AUGUUCCCAAUUCGCUAUGAUCCCCGUUUCUAUGACGCGGCGUGCCGCGUGAAUCCUACAGCUCCGUUGCCAAAUGAAGCAUGGGGGGCAUCUGAUAUGUUUGGCAUUGGAAUGUUUUUGCCAAUGUCCGUCGUCAGAGCGAACUCUGACGUAUCGCAGGUGACUUGUUGCGAAGGCUCUGAUUCCAGUUCGUCUUCCGGGUGUUCUUCGCGUAGGGCUUCUGUCGGUAGCUCUGAUAGCUCCGUGGAUGACGAACCCCCGACGAAUGAAGGGGACAAAAACGAAGAUGCCGAGCCAGCAUCGGCCGGCUCUGAUACUGGCUCAUUGAAGGCGUCAGGUUGUGACUGCAUCCUGAACGAUGCGACGUACGAUCGCGAGAACGAUGAGUUUUUGGUCGGGUUUUUAACGAUUUGGAUAAACCGCAACGCGUUCAGCCCAAUGGUGUCAGACAACGACUACUUUCUGUUGGAGAAUUUCUACCAGGACAUGAUAUAUCCCUUUAUGAUGACGUGCAACAGGAUUGUUGAUGGCACCCCCACAUGGCCUAACUUCAAAAUGCUAUCUGCAGACUCGUACCGUUUUUUGUUUUCGACCCUCUAUUGCAACAGCGAGUUGCUUGACUUCUUAUCGGGUUUCAACUUAAAGGAAUGCAAGACCGUCUACGUGCUAAGUGCUGGCGUUACGAUGGGCCUCCGGUCUCGCAUGCUGGGGAGCCAUUUGAUAUUGUUCACGCAGUGCAUGAUGUACUAUUGCUGCUACAACGUGUUUUUGUACAACGGCCAAAUGUUCCACUGCAACGUGGAAUCACGUAAACCCGUAUUGAGCGCGUUGGAUCUGUUUUUGUCUCGGGGUGACGCCGGCGACUCGCUGGAGUUGGACGAUGUGCUGGAGUCUGAGGUCGCCCCGUACAGGCUGUCCCCUUCUUCCAUACUGAAAAAGUUCCACUACUGUGACGCCAUGCCGAUUACUAUUUAUCUCCAUGUGAUAGACUACAACGCCCGCGCGUGCUCUAUGUAUCGCCGCACCAACUUCAUCUGCGUUGUCCGCAUAGACGACUUCUAUGCGAUAAACGGAUCACACUACUCGGCCAACUUAUUUGCGUACUACCUGUGCCCGCCAUGCGAGCCUUGA